GCUCGGCAGUUCAACACACUCAUGGUGGAUGCCAAGGCGAGGAACAUGAAAUGUCUGACUUUCUUUUUAAUGCUACCAGAGUCUGUCAAGAGCAAGUCCAGUAAAAGCUCGAAAAAAGGGAACUCCAGUGGCAGCUCCAAGCUGCCCCCUGUUUGUUAUGAGAUCAUCACUCUGAGGAGCAAGAAGAAGAAGAAGAUGGCAGCCGAUAUCUUUCCAACCAAAAAGUCCUCCUCCACCACCACUGUGCAGCAGUACCAGCAGCAGAAUCUCAACAACAACAACACCAUACACAACUGCAACUGGCAGGGACUGUACUCUACAAUACGAGAGAGAAACUCGGUGAUGUUUAACAAUGAGCUGAUGGCAGAUGUUCACUUUGUGGUGGGUCAACCUGGAAGAACGCAGCGACUUCCCGGGCACAGAUAUGUUUUGGCUGUGGGCAGCUCAGUGUUUCAUGCCAUGUUUUAUGGAGAGCUGGCUGAAAAUGAGGAUGAAAUCCGUAUUCCAGAUGUGGAACCAGCCGCUUUUCUGGCCAUGCUAAAGUACAUUUACUGUGACGAGAUCGACCUGAGCGCAGACACAGUGCUGGCCACGCUGUACGCUGCUAAGAAGUACAUCGUGCCUCAUCUGGCGCGCUCCUGUGUCAACUUCCUGGAGACCAGCCUGAGUGCAAAGAACGCAUGUGUGCUGUUGUCCCAGAGCUGUCUGUUUGAGGAGCCUGAGCUGACACAGAGGUGCUGGGAGGUGAUCGAUGCUCAGGCUGAGCUGGCUCUGCGCUCAGAGGGCUUCUGUGACAUAGACUCCCAGACUCUGGAGAGCAUCCUGCAGCGAGAGACGCUCAACGCCAAAGAAAUUGUGGUGUUUGAAGCGGCACUCAGCUGGGCAGAGGCCGAGUGCCAGAGACAGGAGAUCACCUCCUCUACAGACAACAAGCGCAAGGUACUGGGCAAGGCCAUGUACCUUAUCCGAGUGCCUGCCAUGGCGCUGGACGACUUUGCCAAUAGCGCAGCGCAGUCAGGCGUGUUGACUCUUAAUGAGACCAAUGACAUCUUCCUCUGGUACACCGCCGCCAAGAAGCCGGAGCUGCAGUUUGUGAGUCAGCCGAGAAAAGGCCUGGCGCCUCAGCGCUGCCACAGGUUUCAGUCGUGUGCCUACAGGAGCAACCAGUGGAGGUACAGAGGCCGCUGUGACAGUAUACAAUUUGCUGUGGACAAGAGAGUGUUCAUUGCAGGCUUUGGCCUGUACGGCUCGAGCUGUGGAUCAGCCGAGUACAGUGCAAAGAUCGAAUUGAAGAGACAGGGAGUUCUUUUGGGACAAAACCUCAGUAAAUACUUCUCGGAUGGCUCCAGUAACACAUUCCCUGUCUGGUUUGAGUACCCUGUUCAGAUAGAGCCGGACACCUUCUACACAGCCAGUGUGGUGCUGGACGGGAACGAGCUGAGUUACUUUGGGCAGGAGGGCAUGACAGAGGUGCAGUGUGGGAAGGUCACGUUCCAGUUUCAGUGCUCCUCGGACAGCACUAAUGGGACAGGGGUGCAGGGAGGACAGAUCCCAGAACUCAUAUUUUACGCCUGA